AUACCCUUUUUCAGUUGCUGAGAAUUAAAGCUGAGUAGAAUUAAAGAAAAGUGGAAAAGAAAAAAAAAAGAAUUUUUCUUAUUUUCAGUUGUGAUUUCAUUAAUGGGUUGAACUUUUUUUCUCUCUUUCUUUUUCUCAUCAUUCUGAUCUUGAUUUUCUCUUCUUCUACACUCUUUUGCAUUACAUGAAUAGAAAAACUAAUCAAGUUUCAAGCUUUAUUGGAUUUUCUGGAUCUUUCUUUGUAAUUGUGUUCUUUUGUUGAAUUUGACUUUUAGGUUGGUGAUUGAUGAUAAUGUUUUUGGGAGGUAUGUAAAUGGAUUUGGAUGAUGUGAUGAACAAGGAAUAGAAAAAGAAGGAGAGAUGAAAGAGGAAUCUACAGGGUUAAUUAUUGGGAUUUCUAUUGGUGUUGUGAUUGGAGUUGUUUUGGCUAUUUCUGCAUUGAUCUGUUUUAGAUAUCAUAGGAAGAGAUCACAGAUAGGGAAUAGUAGUUCUCGGAGGGCGGCUACGAUACCGAUUCGCGCUAAUGGUGCUGAUUCUUGUACUAUUUUAUCAGAUUCAACCUUAGCUCCUGAAUCUCCUGUUAGGUCUGGGAGAAAUGGCAUGAAUUUUUGGAUUGAUGGUUUCAAGAAGAGUAACAUGGUUUCUGCAUCUGGAAUACUUGAAUAUUCAUACAAGGACUUACAAAAGGCGACAUAUAAUUUCACAACACUGAUAGGACAAGGUGCAUUUGGUCUUGUAUAUAAAGCUCAAAUGUCUACCGGUGAGACUGUUGCGGUGAAAGUUCUUGCAACAAAUUCUAAACAAGGGGAGAAAGAAUUUCACACCGAGGUUAUGUUGUUGGGAAGGUUGCACCACAGAAACUUGGUGAAUUUGGUUGGAUAUUGUGCAGAAAAGGGUCAACAUAUGCUUGUUUAUGUCUACAUGAGUAAAGGCAACUUGGCUUCCCACUUGUACAGUGAAGAGAAUGGGAAUCUGGGAUGGGAUUUGAGGGUUCAUAUAGCGUUAGAUGUAGCAAGAGGCUUGGAGUAUCUUCAUGAUGGGGCCGUUCCUCCUGUCAUCCACCGCGACAUCAAAUCUAACAAUAUUCUCUUGGAUCAGUCGAUGCGAGCACGGGUUGCUGAUUUUGGACUUUCAAGAGAAGAGAUGGUGGACAAACAUGCAGCUAUUCGCGGUACCUUCGGCUAUCUUGAUCCCGAGUAUAUAUCGUCAGGGACAUUCACAAAGAAAAGUGAUGUAUACAGUUUCGGAGUGCUACUCUUUGAACUCAUAGCCGGACGAAAUCCUCAGCAGGGUCUAAUGGAAUAUGUUGAACUCGCGGCGAUGAACACGGAAGGGAAAGUUGGUUGGGAGGAGAUAGUUGAUUCAAAGCUCGAAGGAAAAUGCGAUUUCCAAGAGUUAAACGAAGUAGCAGCACUCGCAUACAAAUGCAUCAACCGCGCCCCGAGGAAGCGUCCAUCAAUGAGGGACAUAGUUCAAGUACUGACUCGGAUCCUUAAAGCAAGGCACCAGAGGAAUCAUCAUCACAAGAAUUCGCUUUCGGAGACGGCAGAUGAAGUUGCAAUGGAUAUCGAUGAGGCGGAAAAUAAGGAUUCUGUUACUACUGACCACCACAGAAGAGAUGAAUCUAUAGAUAGUACAACUGACACGUAUGAUUUGUGACAAUAUUGUUUUCUUUCCUUUUUGGCUUUGCAUAUGAAUAUGACCUUAACUAGAAAAAUUAGGAUUUGAGUGAUUUGAUGAUGCCUCACAUCAUUUUCUGUAGUUUUGUGUAACAUUCUUUUUUUUUUCUUCUUUUAUUGUUUCAUUGUCUUGUCUCAGUUCUGUUGUUUUGCAGAACAGAAACUCCAAAAUUUGUAUAUUAUUACUUUUCAUGAAUGAAAUUGAUUGAGUAAAAAAUAGUUAUCACUUAAUAUUU